GUAGGGAUUUUAUUGCACCUUGCAAGUGCAAGGGUACAUCAAAAUUUGUUCAUCGGGACUGCCUUGAUCAUUGGCGGGCGGUGAAAGAAGGAUUUGCAUUUUCCCAUUGCACAACUUGCAAAGCUCCCUAUUACUUGAGAGUUCAUGUUCCUGCUGAUAGAAAGUGGCGAACUUUAAAGUUCCGAUUCUUUGUGACUAGAGACAUUUUGUUCAUCUUUCUCGCGGUUCAGCUUGUUAUAGCCUCACUGGGAUAUUUGGUUUACUUGAUUGACACCCACCAUAAGUCUUGGUUGCGUAUGACUUGGGGGUUUGAUAGCGAGCUAAGCUUCUACUAUCUAUGUGGGGCACUGUUAUUUUUCGCACUGCUAGGCCUAUCUGGUUGCUUCAUAACCUGUUAUGAUCGAAGAGUGCGCAAUGAUUUGGCUCAGCCUUGCCGGGAGUUGUGCCUAUGUUGCUGUCAUCCUGGUAUGUGUGCUGACUGUCAUUUGCCUGGAACACUUUGUAUGUGGACUGAUUGCACAACCUGCUUUGAGGGUUGUGCUGGUGCCGCCAGUGAAUGUGGAAGUUGCUUAGGAGGUGCCGGUGAAGCUGGGUUGCCACUGAUAUUUAUAAUGGCUUUAAUCGUGCUAGGACUAUUUACUGUCAUCGGCAUAUUUUACAGCGUAUUGGUUGCUACAAUGGUUGGACAGAGAAUAUGGCAGAGGCACUACCAUAUACUCGCAAAAAGAAUGCUAACAAAGGAAUAUGUUGUGGAGGAUGUCGAUGGUGAGGUAAAUGGUAGCGAUUGGUCUCCACCACCUCUGCCACCGGAGCAUGUUCAGCAGCUGAAGUCACUUGGACUUUUGUAAACUUUGAGGAUUUUGACAUGAAUGAAAAACUCCAUAAUAUUGGGGCUCACAUCAUGUGCUUUAGUAUAAGCAAGAUCUGCAAAAGUGUCUUCUUCCUGAUUAAUAGAAAAAUGCGAUUCAACCCGAUAUUGUUCAAUUAUGUUCAUAGUUUGAGACUGAUCACAUGUAAUUGUUGACAAAACUGAUCGUUAACAAUCUAAAUGAAGUAACAGCUGCAAUGUUGGUUUAUAUGUUUCUUUCAA